AUGCGCGAGUUCAAGCGCAGGGUAGUGGAGGAGUUGACCUCUCGAGAGCGAUCUCGACGUGAAAAGAAGAGGUCCGGUGAAAUACCUGCUGCAGUAUCGUCGCCCCGGGUCAUUGUCAAUGUUACAUCGGAUCACCACAUCACAACCAACAAGAGAGGGCGCGAUCUAGAAUGUCGCCUAUGUCGGGAACUUGGUUUGCAAGUAAAGGUGCGCUAUGGGUGCACCGGUUGCAAGGAGGGGUUUCACGUUGAUUUCUUUACGGCAUAUUACGCCAGGGAUGCACUAAACAAGGACGACCCAGACAUGCUCAAAGUCCAGGAAACACUCGCUGAAAAAUCUAUCGGGCAACCAGUUCACAAGACCCGGGUGCGAUCGAACAACUCCAUCACACCGCUGCCCGAACUCAAGCUCCACUGCCACAGGCGCUCGGGCAGUGCGUGA